CACUAUCAAGAUGCCGAAUAAAUGAUUAAAUACGAUAUGGUUUGUACUAUGUGAUAAUGUGUUGCUGCCAGUUGUGAGUGACCCACCAUGGAGACCGGACACUUGCUGGUGGUGUGUGCGGCCGUGCUGGGCGCGGUGCAGGCGGGGCAGCAUGACAUCUACUCGGGGCAUUCUGUGUACGGAGUACAUGUGCGGAGUAAAGCACACCAGAUGCUCCUUCAUGAUCUGGAGCCAAUCCUGGACCUGGACGUGUGGCAGCACGGCAUCGUCUCGGAGAGAGAAGCUUUCAUCAGAGUGGCUCCUGAGAACAAGGAACUUUUCCUGAACGCUUUGGAAGAAGAGGGAAUAGAACACUACGUCCACCUGGAAGAUGUUGCUCAGGACUUAGAAGAGCGCGACAAUGAGCUGAAGUCGUGGAGGGCUUCGAAACAAAAUAGGCUGUUAUUCCAGGACUACCCGCGACAUGAAGAAGUUAAUGCGUACAUGGACAGGAUUGCUCUCCAGCACCCCGACCUGGCCACCGUUGUCACAGCUGGUAAGAGUUUCGAAGGACGCGACAUCAAGUACAUUAAGAUUUCAACAAGCAACUUUGAAGACAGUAGCAAGCCUAUCUACAUGCUGACUGCGAUGAUCCACGCGCGCGAGUGGGUCACCACUCCAACCCUCCUGUACUCCAUGCAUCGGCUGGUGGAGAACUUGAGGAGUCAGGACCAAGACCUGCGGGAGGAUAUCGACUGGAUCAUCAUGCCGCUACUCAACCCUGAUGGCUACGAGUACUCACAUACGACCGACCGUCUUUGGCGAAAGACAAGGUCAUACAGACCUGAAUUCAACGACACAUGCUGGGGUGUGGACGGCAACAGGAAUUACGACUCCGUACACUUCGGUGUGAUUGGGGCUAGCGCUGAUCCCUGUAAUGUUACCUACCCUGGACCUGAACCCUUCUCUGAAGUGGAGACUGCUUACGUCCGAGACGUUUUGCUGGAACAUGUGGACAGGAUCCAAUUAUUCAUGGAUGUUCACAGUUUCGGCAAUUAUAUAACAUAUGGCUAUGGCGACGGUACGUUGCCACCGAAUGUGGUAGAGCUGCACCUGAUGUCUUCAGUGAUGGGGGCAGCUUUUGACGUGAAGAAACUGCCCGAGGCUAAUUUCUAUAGAGUGGGCAAUAGUGGCAUCUUGAUGUACCCCACCGCUGGCUGCGCCCAAGAUUAUGCUCAGUCUAUCGGCAUUCCGUUCUCGUUGACGCUGGAGCUGCCAAGCUACGGGCACGGGUUCGUGGUUCCUCCGCAGUACAUCAACCACAUCAACGACGAGACGUGGCACGGCAUCGCCGAGAGUGCCAGGCUCGCGCGCACCUUCCACAGGAAGAGGUCCAGCCUCCCCGUCGACCCACCAGUGAACCCACCAGUCAACCCUCCUAACAAUAACUAAUAAUAGUUUUACAUAGCAUAAAGUUAUCUUUACUUAUAACAAAUCUGUAGAGAGGUUAAUUCACAUACACAGAGACACACGUUGUAAAUGUAGUGAUGAUGGGAUGACUGUAAGAGAAUGCUGUUAACAUUAAGUCCAAUUGUGCAAUUGUAUAAAACAAUAAUAAAUAAAAAGUGAUUAUCAAUUCUUA